UGUUUGGUUGAGUGACAGUUUUUCCCCUCGCGACGCUGCACAUUUUCUCAGUUUUUCACUCUGAACACUUGCUCAAGAUGCCCGGGAAGGUGAAGGUGAAGGUGCUGGCGGGGCGCAAUCUGCCCGUGAUGGACAGGAGCAGCGACACGACGGACGCAUUCGUGGAGCUGAAGCUGGGCGGCAUCACGCACAAGACGGACGUGUGCCGGAAGAGCCUGAAUCCGCAGUGGAACUCGGACUGGUACAGAUUCGAGAUGGACGAUGCGGAGCUGCAGGACGAGCCGCUGCAGAUCCGCCUGAUGGACUACGACACGUACUCGGCCAACGACGCCAUCGGCAAAGUGCACAUCUGCCUCAAUCCGCUGCUCAUUCCCAGCGCCGCCAUCGAUCCGUCCGGACAGUCGGCGGGCCACGGCAAGGGCUCCAUCAUGUCCGGCUGGUUCCCGGUGUUCGACACCAUGCACGGCAUCCGCGGCGAGGUGAACCUCAUGGUGAAGGUGGAUCUGUUCUCGGACGUCAACAAGUUCCGCCAGAGCUCGUGCGGCGUGCAGUUCUUCCACUCGCCCAACAUCCCGCACGGCUACCACGCGCCGGCCAUCCACGGCUUCGUGGAGGAGCUGGUGGUCAACGACGAUCCCGAGUACCAGUGGAUCGACAAGAUCCGCACGCCCAGGGCGUCCAAUGAGGCGCGACAAGUCGUCUUCCUCAAGCUUUCCGGCGAGGUGCAGCGGAAGAUUGGGCUGAAGGCGCUGGACAUGGGCGCGAAUGCAGUGAUUGGCUACAAGCUGUGCCUGGAUCUGGAGGGCGAUGUUGGCGUCGUGGCGCGCGGAAUUGGCACUGCUGUGACGCUGAUCAAGAUUCCGGACGCGCCGCCUCAGCAAGUCGCCGACUCGGCGCUGAUUGAAGAGCACGAAGCUAACUCGUCCGGGAGCGGCGCGCCGGCCAGUCCGGGCGCCAAGGCGACCGGCCACACGCGCGCCGAGUCCACGGGCUCCAGGAUCACACAGAGUCCGGCCAAGAGCGGCGCCUCAGUCGUUCCCGCCAAGGAUUCCGGCAUCUAUCGGCGCUCCUCCGACUCAGAUCUCAGCGUCACGCCCAAAGGGAAUUCACUGACGUCGUGCGAGAGAGGAACGCCGGCCAUCACGAGAGUCGUGGGCGCGACGAUGAAGAGCGCCAAUGCGGACAAUCUGGACAUGCUGGAGUAUCCCUUCCUCACGCUGGACAAAUACCCGCCGGGCUUCAUCAUCCACCUGGGCUCGGCUGUGUGCUCGCGCUCCGUGAAGCUGCUGGAGCGCGUGCCGAAUCCCGACGAGCCGGAGACGCGCGACAGCUGGUGGACGGAGCUGCGCAUGGAGAUCCGCUCGCACGCGCGCGCGCUGGGCUGCAACGUGGUGCUGGGCUACUCGGAGACCACCACCAUCACUGAGGACGUGUGCGUGUUGUCCGCCACGGGCACGGCGGCGCUCAUCAACUUCCCGUACGCCGGCGAGCAGCCGGUGCGGAUGACGUCGUCGCUGGACCGCGUGGAGUUCGAGAAGGACGUGAAGGAGGGCAUCAAGGAGCUGAAGAUCGCCAGCACGGCGGCCAAGAUUAUCGAGGGUGUGGCGUCGAAGCCGAUUGAGGAGGUUCCCGAGGGCGGAAGUGACAAGGACACGUCGGGAAACUGCCAACCGUCGCCGACGCUGGCGUGUUCGCUUCUGCACUUGCCGUACGCCGCGAAUUCCGUGCCGUUCAACGUGUCGCUGGACAAUUGUGCUCUCUGUCGGCGCGCCAAGGUGCCGAACGUCUUCCUGGCCACCAUCGAGAUCCCCGAGAGUCUGCAGAUCACGGGCAGAGGAUGUCUGGUGCAGGCGCAAGUGUGUCGGCAGAAGCGUGAUCUCAAGGGUGAGUCGAAUGCCAAGGAGAUCUCCGAUGGGCUGCCGUUCCUGGAGUAUGAGCUGUACAGGGUGUUGAUCAACAAGAUGAAGGUGAAGGGCAUGAAUGCCAUCUUCGGCCUCAAGUGCUCCAUCGCCGUGGGCGAGAAGAUGAUGACGAUUGUGGCCACGGGAACGGCGGUGUACUUGAGUGCUCUUCCCACGGCUGUCCAGCCGAAGAUCGUGGGCGCUGGGCAGUCGUGGUCGAAUCCGGAGAAGCUCAGUGAGAUCCAGAAGACACUCCAGGACACCAUCGAGAAGAACCGCGAGAUUUACCAGCUCAAGAGCUUCGGCGAUAUCGACGCCACGCGACCGCUGUCCGAGAGCGAGGAGAGCGACGAUGAGCUGGCGGAGAUGGACUUGAAUGUGGGCAACAAGGACGCGUGCAUCCUGGAAGUGGACGACAUUGAGGAUCUGGAGGUGAUUUCGCUGCUGAUGGAGCCUUGUCCGCCCGAGGGAUUUCACGUGGUGAACACACAAACUGUGCCCGGAUUGCUGGAUCUCGAGGUGGUGAGGAAUCUGCAGUACUUCGCGCAAGUGUGGCGCGGACACAUCAAUCAGCAGAGUCAUCUGGCCAAGAAUCUGCAGCGACUGCUGCAGUGCAUCUACUACAAGCUGCGCAGCAUGAUUCCCUGCGCCAUUUGCGAUCUGCGCUUCACCAUUGAUCUGCCGGAGGCGGAUUGGAUUCAGGUUCUGGUCACAGGAAUGGCGCUGGGCCUGGGAGAGCCGUCGAAGAUUGUCAAGAACAAGCGGAGACUCCUCUCGGGAUCGACAAGCAAGGAGGGAAUCAAGAAAGGCGAUGAUGAAUUAAUCUUCAGCCUGGAGGAGGAUCACGUCUUCGACACUGUUGGUUCCACGGCAGGAAUCUCUCAGAGCGUCACGCCCACGCCGACAAGUCACAAUCCUCCAGUUCAGUUCGCCCAGACAGGCUCGCUGAAGCUGCGCAACAAAUCUCCCACCAGAGCCAAGAAUCCCAUCAGGCUUCCCAGACACAUGCCGCUUCGCGAGCGCUAUGGAGUCGACGUGACGCCGCUGAGUUACGUUCCCGGCGGCAGAAUUGAGAAGUACCUGGGAAAUCUCAACUUCUUCUUCAUCCGCGAGAGCACGUCGAUCAGGGAGAAUGGCGGAAUUUGUGGCUUCGUGCACGGAUUCGUGACUGAAUUGUUGGCCGUCGUGCGAGCGCAUGUCACGGCGCUGGGUGGAAAUGCCAUCGUGUCGUUCUACAUGACUGAACUCCUCCUCAACGAGAGCAUCCACAAGAAUCAGGGCCAGAGUCUGGUCAGUGUCGGCGGAGAUGUUGUCUUUGUCUCUUACUACGCCGACGACUGAGCUUCUUCCCUUUCUUCCUGCCCAAAAAGUGUGUGAAAGACGCACAAAUUGGAAUAUUUCUAUCAAGUUUCUACUCGUGUUAUUGAUUCUUUUUUUCGAGAUGUUUUCAUUCAAUAGACUGUGUACAAUUAA